CACGCAUCCAAUAUAGACGACUCACCCCAACAGUUGGAACCAAGUGAAGACGAAGCUUUGGAUCUUCGGGUUUUGAAAUCGAGUCCAGAGCCAGGAAAGACGGAGCCGGUUGAAGCUCCUGAUGACUCCAUUCGACAGUUACGUCGUGGCCGGUACAUUCGCAACAGAAGUCAAUACUCCCCAACUCAGCUGACAACAAGACGACGGUAUGAGCGCCGAGCAAUGCGAGUCAGUACUCUGAGAGAAAGCAACUCAGACGGAGAGGGUCGGACCAGUACGGAAACCGAUAGCAUACCAGCAAGUGGAAUCGAUGCUGGAUUGCCCAACUUUAACAGACGAACCAGAAAGUACACACAGUCUCGGUUGCCUAGCACACCGACCGACCCUCCUGUCCGCAGUUCGCACGUAAGAAAACAGCUCUGCUCAACGUGCAACCUGGAGUUUGAGAGUUCGGUCAACUUUGUUAAACACAUACAACGGGUGCAUGUCGGGGUGAAUCCAGACAAAGACCCUCGACCUCUCUUGGAUUUGCAACCCAAACCCAUCUGGAACCUCUCAGACUGGGGGCACUGCGAAAAUGCCGAGAUGCUGGAUACCAGUUAUCCUUAUGUAGAAAAAAGAGGUCAAUUUCAGGAAGACGACUGGAUCGGCAGCUUUCCCGGGGUGUAUAGCGAGCAUUCAAUGAGUAUCAACCCUUUGAACAGUGGGAACCUGACAUACUAA